AUGGGCUGGUGGUGGAGUUCGAGUCCUCAAAAGGACACAUCUAAGGAUGCGUCUUCCACAAUCCCCAAUAUCCCUCAACCUGCACCUCCCAUUGCACCUCCAGCAAGGCAAUUGACGCCGGACGAGCAAGCCGACCUCGAAUUCAGCCAAAUACUAGCCGAGCUACAACGAGCAGAUGCUGAGCUCUCGGGUAGCCAGAAACGAGGCCCGGAAUCCUUCAAUGGCUCUAUUACGGCACCAACCAAUCCCGACACCGGCGCACCCCCAGCACAACCCGCCUCCUCCAUCGCCCCAGAAUCCCUCUACGCUGACAGUAUGUCCUGCCGCACGGCCUUUGACUACGCCUUCUUCUGCCAAUCUUUUGGAGGCCAAUUUGUCAACGUCUAUCGCUACGGCGAGCUACGGUCCUGCAGCGAACACUGGGAUAAUUUUUGGUUGUGCAUGAAGACCCGUGGAUGGUCGGAUGACUUGCGGAGGAAAGCCAUCCGCGCGCAUAACCAGAAGAAGGCCAUCAAGUAUAAGACCGGGCCUAGCAGUGAGGAUGUCUGGGACGUCCGGCUUGAACCGGCGAAGGAUUCCUUCCAGGGCGAUUUUGCGGCGCUUGAGAAGGAGAUGAAGGUGGAGGAGGAGUUGAAACAAAAUGCGUCGACAUGA